AUGAAUGUUAUACCAUGUUCCAUUAAAACACUCAAAGGGUUAUACGAUAUAUCGGGUGUAGAAGUAGGCCAACAUUUCUAUUGGCAAAUAGGAGGUUUACAAAUCCAUGCCCAAGUACUUAUCACUUCUUGGGUCGUAAUUGCUAUCUUAUUAGGUUCAGUCAUCAUAGCUGUUCGGAAUCCACAAACCAUUCCGACCGACGGUCAGAAUUUCUUCGAAUAUGUCCUUGAAUUUAUUCGAGAUUUGAGCAAAACUCAGAUUGGAGAAGAAUAUGGUCCUUGGGUUCCCUUUAUUGGAACUAUGUUCUUAUUUAUUUUUGUUUCUAACUGGUCAGGUGCUCUUUUACCUUGGAAAAUCAUACAAUUACCUCAUGGGGAGUUAGCUGCGCCUACGAAUGAUAUAAAUACUACUGUUGCUUUAGCUUUACCCACGUCAGCGGCAUAUUUUUAUGCGGGUCUUACCAAAAAAGGAUUGGGUUAUUUCGGAAAAUACAUUCAACCAACCCCAAUACUUUUACCAAUUAACAUCCUAGAAGAUUUCACAAAACCUUUAUCUCUUAGUUUUCGACUUUUCGGGAAUAUAUUGGCUGAUGAAUUAGUAGUUGUUGUUCUUGUUUCUUUAGUCCCUUCAGUAGUUCCUAUACCUGUUAUGCUUCUUGGAUUAUUUACAAGUGGUAUUCAAGCUCUUAUUUUUGCAACGUUAGCCGCGGCUUAUAUAGGUGAAUCCAUGGAGGGUCAUCAUUGA